AUGAGUAAUGAAGAAUACAAAUUAGAUGGAAUUACUUUUCUCAAAAUGGUUCUUGUAAUUGAUCCUAAUUUUUCAAAGUUUAUGGAAGGAAAUUAUGAAAGAAUAAUGAGGUGUAAAUCACCAAUUGAUCAGAUGGUCACACUUAGUACUGCUUUUUCUCAAUUCUACAGAAAUAUCUCUAUUCCUUACGAAGACAGAUUUCAACUUUAUAAACAUGUUAUUCUUCUUAAAGCAAAUCCUCAAACACAACUCAUGUUUCAACAACUUGAUGAAAAAACACAAAAAUUUAUGUGCAUGUUUUUUGGUACAAUUAAACAAAUCCAACACUCAAUAAAACUUAAUGGUUAUGAUCGUUUUAGUGAUGAAAAUCUUCGAAAAGAGUUUGACACAUAUCUUCUAUCCCAUUCUCCUGACUUAAUUAAACACUGUGAUAUCAAUAAAUUAAUUGACCCUUUCUUUCUUGACCAAUACCAAUUCUUAGCAUCGAAAAAAUCAGAUCUUCUUACUAAAUUUCAAUCCGCUUCCCCAAAACAACUCCACAAUAUCCUUCUUUUACUCAAUAAUAAUAAAAUCACAACUUCAGAUGAAAAUGAUUUCGAAAUCGACUUUAAUAAAUUAACUAAUUCAGAUUGUGAUCAAAUUUUAAAAGCAUUAACCUCCUCUAAUUAA